UGCUACGGUUCAGUGUAUCCGCUCAGUGCCAGAAGUGAAAGAGGCCCUUAAAAGGUAUGGUGGUGCCUUAAGAGCUUCAGGAGAAAUGGCCUCUGCUCAAUACAUUACUGCAGAUGCUGGGCCAGGACACUGAGAUUUCUACCAGUCCAUUUAAGGAAAAACAAAACAAUAUAAGGAAGGAAAGGUCCAGUUUGUGGGUAUGCCUGCUGAUCGAAUUUUGGGGUGCUCUUAGAGACUUGUUUGAUUCCAUGGAUAAAACUUCCUCCAGUAUCCCACCUAUCAUUCUCCUGCAGUUUUUACAUAUGGCCUUCCCACAGUUUGCAGAGAAAGGUGAUCAAGGCCAGUACCUUCAACAGGAUGCCAAUGAGUGCUGGGUGCAGAUGAUGAGGGUACUACAGCAGAAGCUGGAAGGCAUAGAAGGUGAUACAGUUAUGGAGGUAAUUACAGACUCUGGAGCUACAGCAGCAUCAUCUAAAAAGAAGAGUUUAAUUGAUCAGUUCUUCAGCAUUGAAUUUGAAACAGCCAUGAAAUGUACAGAAGCUGAAGAAGAGGAAGUAACUAAAGGAAAGGAGAAUCUGCUUCAACUCAGCUGUUUUAUCAAUCAAGAAGUGAAAUAUCUGUUUACAGGACUAAAAUUGCGUCUUCAAGAGGAAAUCACCAAACUGUCUCCAACACUGCAGAGAAAUGCACUCUAUAUCAAAUCUUCUAAAAUUAGUCGCUUGCCAGCAUACCUGACUAUUCAGAUGGUUAGAUUUUUUUACAAAGAGAAAGAAUCAGUGAAUGCCAAAGUUCUUAAGGAUGUUAAAUUUCCCCUUAUGUUGGAUGUGUAUGAGCUGUGUACGCCAGACCUUCAGGAAAAAAUGGUUUCUUACCGAUCAAAAUUCAAAGAUCUAGAAGACAAAAAAGUAAAUCAACAGCCAAAGAAUUCUAGUAAAAGUGAUGGUGCACAGAAAGAAGUUAAAUAUGAACCAUUUUCUUUUCCUGAUGAUAUUGGUUCUAAUAACUGCGGCUAUUAUGACCUGCAGGCAGUGCUAACACAUCAAGGCAGAUCAAGUUCCUCUGGGCAUUAUGUGUCUUGGGUUAAAAGGAAACAAGAUGAAUGGAUUAAAUUUGAUGAUGACAAAGUCAGCAUUGUUACACCUGAAGAUAUUUUGAGGUUAUCUGGGGGUGGAGACUGGCAUAUAGCUUAUGUUCUACUCUACGGGCCUCGCAGAAUUGAAGUAAUUGAAGAUGAAGCUGAACAGUAGUCUUCAGUUUUAGUCAUUCUGCCUAGGUGUGAAAUAAAUGUUGAUUACUGAUUACUUCUUUAACCCCAGAGCUUUAGCAAGUGGAUAAAUAAUUUCUUCAACCCUUUUCAUGUGAAGAGGGAUGUUGUUUUACAACUGAUCCAUGUACCAAUCUGUCACUGCUGGACUGGAUUGCCCACUGUGGUGGUGACAAUACUUAAAAUAGCUUUAAUGUCUUGCAGAAGAUUAAUUUUUUUUAAUUGAGCCUCUUCCCUGCCCCUUCCCUCCCCCAAUGUCAUCAAGUAUUUAUUACACACCUAUUCUCACAUUUGUUACUCUUGCAUGGUUUAUACCACAGUUCAGUAGCUGUCCAUCCUUUGCCUUACCUGGCAGUUUUGUUAGGAAGGUAGAAGAGAAACACUUGCCUUGUCAUGUAACUCAGUGCUGCUGCCCAUAGCCAACAACUGUGGCUACAGUCAAGUAUUUGUCCAGCCUGACCUGCUGAUUCAGUCUGUUCUGUUGCUGGCAUCUCAUGACUUCAGAAUAAAUUGUGAUCAACAACUGUGUCUCCAUUAAAAAAAUUCAUGUCUGGGUAGCAUAGCUAGUAUGUGUUUGUUUUCACUUCUUGGGCCACCAGUGGAUGAAUGUCUCAAAGCAGUCAUGUAAUGAAGCCACUCUUUUUUUAAGCUGUA